AUGAAGGGAACCUUCAUUAUUCCCGACGACCUGACGCCAUACCAAUACCUCCAGCAGACGGCGCUUCUCGAAAGGGGCGGCGAGUAUCCGAUGAUCUGCAAAUACAGCUCGGAGCCUAGUGACCCUUUGCUUGAUACAAGGAUUAAUCGUAUUGCCCAGCCUCGCGGCUUCGCCAUGAAGCUCUUUGAUGUCCACGGCAUCAUGUUCAAAGCUAGCAAGGACUUCUCGACCCAGGAUAUUGAGUUCAACGGCACCCUAGCUCUUGACCUGGCCGACGCCAAGAUCACCAAAGGAAUCAUCAGACUCCGAAUGAAGUACGGCGCUGAACCAAAUGAGCUUGAUACACUCCUUGGUGCCCGCAAAGACGCGGAGCUGCAGCGAGCGCGAUGCAAGGUCCGAAAUACACAUCUAGAGUCAAUUCGCUUCUGUUCCCAAAUUGCUGAUCGAUUCGGCGACUAUGAUUCGAAGCACAAUUUCGCGCCCUCCGGCGAUUCUCAGACGCAACGUGCUGAAGAAUCUGUUGACGGUCACCCCAAUGAUGUCCUGCACGAGAGGCUCAGGUAA